UUUCUCCCAAGGUACAGAUAACAAACUAGCCGCGUGAUUGGCACAUAUAAUUCGACGAGCCUCCUCCACCGUACCAAUGGCUCGAAGACCACAUCGUUGCUGCCGUACCAUAUGGCUCAUCAUACCACAUCCCUAAAUCUUACUGCUCAAGAAUCCAUCUCAUUUGAUACCGACGAUGGUAACAAUCCUAGGAAAAGGCAGAGGACCGCUUGUGAUAGAUGCAAAGGCAGGAAACAGAAGUGUGACAAUGCGUUCCCGCAAUGCACGAACUGUGCAAAGGCUGGAAGAGCGUGCAACAAGCCGCCAGACACAGAAGCCUUGGACAACCCCUACACACGAGCUCUCGAGGACCAGGUCGCGCACUUAGAGAAGCAACUGGCGGCCAUGAGCAAUUUGCAGCGACGUCGAAGUUCGACGAUCCCCGGGGCUUCAUUGUCAUCUCCUAUCAACCAUGAGCGUUCGCCAGGACUGAACAUGCAGUGUAAGGAAGUUGGAGGUGCCCAGAGACUCACGCCCUCGGGAAGUCAUGGGGUCAACAUUGCAGACGUCGUAGGUAUGCUGUCUCUUGGAAGUGGCAAUGCUGAGUAUGUUGGGUCCUCGUCGGGCUAUGCAUUGGCAACCGACCUUGGCCGUAUGGUACAAGCGACAGUGUGGAACAAAGCUAUGUGGUUGCCUACAUCACUUGAUUCUGGGAUGGAGAAUCGUCCGACCAGCGCAGACACGAGGAAGAUCACCUUGCAAGAACUGCAAUCGAGACAAGCAAAGCCAAUAUCUGAUGCUUUAGGUACAAGACUGAUCGAUGCAUAUCUUGUCCGUAUACAUCCCAGGUUCCCCUUCUUGUUCCCGGCCGACCUCCGAGAAACACAUCGCCGCCAAAACGGUGGACUCGCCGGCGAUGACCAGAGCGGCGUUUUUGCUUCCUCGGCGUAUAACGACGAAGGAUUCUCUCUGUUCAUGCUAAACAUGGUAUACUCUAUAGGCGCUUUGAAUCUGCGUCUGACAGAUCAGGGAUACAGAGACACGCCACCAGAACAGUUCUAUCUAUCCGCAAUGCAACACGUGGCAAGCGUAAGGGAAGCGUCAUCAGUCGACAAUCUUCAGGCCUUGGUUCUCCUCAUUCUAUACCACCUACGCUCGGAGUCCCGGAAUGGACUUUGGCAUUUAACGGGACUGGCCAUGCGGACAGUGACCGACAUUGGGUUGCAUCGAGCGGCCUCUACACGCAAUUUGCCUCCACUCAAGGUACAGCUCCGACGUCGUCUUUUUUGGUCUGUCUAUGCUCUCGAAAGUAUUCUUGCUGGCGCCUUGGGGAGACCGAUAAGCUUAUCUGAUUACGACAUAGACCAGCCUUUGCCAGUGAGCAUCAGUGACGGCGAUUGUAUGCAAGGGCAGGAUACGCACUCGACGGACUACCCUGUGAUACCGGGGCGAGAAGCGUAUCCGCAAACCAACAUGAGCCAAUUCAUACUUCUAUCACAACUUCGAAGGUUUGAGGCUCGCAUACAGCGCACGAUUUACCGUGUCGAUCGACCAAUAAGUGCUCUGCAGCCCAAGAUGUACCGACUUAUCACCGAGCUCGACGCCUGGCGGCAGAAUAUACCCUCGGAUAUGCCCUCGAGCGAACGCGAACGACUUAUGCUACAUUACCACCGAGAUGUUCGCCUGCUCUUGCAGCCAUUUCUAUCUAUGCUAGAGCCAGGCUCGGGUCUCUUUCGCAGAUGUGUGGAUGCAGCUGGACAAGUUUGUCAGAUACACAAACGUCUGCACCAGACACCUGAAUAUGGACAUAGCUUCGUUGCAGUGCAUACUGUCUUCGUGUCUGGUAUCACUCUUCUCUAUGCACUUUGGAAGGGAAGCAUUUGGUCGUUCAGCAUUAGCAAUGACAUACGUGCAGCAAGCUGUGUGUUGGCGAUCAUGGGCGAACGCGCGCCUUGGAUCAGGCGAUUCCGUGAUGAGUUUGACAACUUGACAGAAGCGACUAUGACCGCUCUACAGAAUGCAGAAUCUGACCAAGUUGGUGAUGACAUGGACCGUCAAGUGCCAGCACCAGAUUUUACCACUUUCGAUGACCUUGACAUAACGGAUGUGGCAGCAUUGGAAAUGGUCAGGGAGUUGUCAGAAUGGUUUCAGUCGUAGUAAGGACGACUACAGAUGUACACACAUAUAGCAUCCGAAUAAUUCGAAGAGCAUAAUUAUAAAUUAGCCAUUCACGU